AUGCAACUGACCUUGUUCCUCACAACACACAAACGGCUCAUUUCCAUCACCAACUGGGUCAUCAUCUCCACUAACCGAGUUGUCAUCACCACCAACCGGGACACCAUCACCACCAACCGGGACACCAUCACCACCAACCGGGACAUCACCACCACCAACCGGGACAUCAUCACCACCAACCGGGACACCAUCACCACCAACCGGGACAUCACCACCAACCGUGACAUCAUCACCACCAACCGGGACAUCAUAACCACCAACCGGGACACCAUCACCACCAACCGGGACAUCACCACCACCAACCGGGACAUCAUCACCACCAACCGGGACACCAUCACCACCAACCGGGACACCAUCACCACCAACCGGGACAUAAUAACCACCAACCGGGACAUCACCACCACCAACCGGCACACCAUCACCACCUACCGGGACAUCACCACCACAAACCGGGACAUCAUAUCCAGUAACCGAUUUGUCAUCGCCACCAACCGGGACACCAUCACCACCAACCGGGACAUCACCACCACCAACCGGGACACCAUCAACACCAACCGGGACAUUACCACCACCAACCGGGACAUCAUCACCACCAACCGGGACACCAUCACCACCAACCGGGACACCAUCACCACCAACCGGGACACCAUCACCACCAACCGGGACAUCACCACCACCAACCGGGACAUCAUCACCACCAACCGGGACACCAUCACCACCAACCGGGACAUCACCACCAACCGGGACACCAUCACCACCAACCGGGACACCAUCACCACCAACCGGGACAUAAUAACCACCAACCGGGACAUCACCACCACCAACCGGGACAUCAUCACCACCAACCGGGGCACCAUCAUUACCAACCGGGACACCAUCACCACCAACCGGCACACCAUCACCACCAACCGGGACAUCACCACCACAAACCGGGACAUCAUCUCCAGUAACCGAUUUGUCAUCGCCACCAACCGGGACAUUAUCACCACCAACCGGGACAUCACCACCACCAACCGGGUCAUCAUCUCGUCCAACCGGGCUGUCACGUCGUAA